GCUCUGCGGAGGAGAGACGAGCUCCAGACGCCAUUAACGCUCGAGAAGGAAGCUCCGCGACGGAGAUCGGCGCAGCGAAGAAGCGCUUCUCUGGAGACACAGGAGAAAGAGAGAGAGAGAGAGAGCGCUUCCUCGUAGAAGGUAGCGGAGACCGAGGGCGUGGAGGGGAAGUCCAAGUUUGAGGAGGUUGUGGCUGCAGCAAUGGGGGCUGGAGGCAGGAUGUCCGUGCCGAGCAAGACCGACGAAGGUGGCCUCCGGAGAGUGCCCCACGCGAAGCCCCCGUUCACCCUCGGGGAGAUCAAGAAGGCCAUCCCGCCCCACUGCUUCCAGCGCUCCCUCGCCCGCUCCUUCUCCUACGUCGCCUCCGACCUCGCCCUGGCCCUCGCCUUCGCCGUCGUCGCCGCCUCCUGCUUCCCGCUCCUCCCGGCCCCGCUCGCCUCCCUCGCCUGGCCCGUCUACUGGGCCUGCCAGGGCUGCGUCCUCACCGGCGUCUGGGUCAUCGCCCACGAGUGCGGCCACCACGCCUUCAGCGACUACCAGUGGGUCGACGACGCCGUCGGCCUCGUCCUCCACUCGGCGCUGCUGGUCCCCUACUUCUCGUGGAAGUACAGCCACCGCCGCCACCAUUCCAACACGGGCUCGCUCGAGCGCGACGAGGUGUUCGUCCCCAAGCCCAAGUCCAGCAUGCCGUGGUUCUCCAAGUACCUGAACAACCCGCCCUGCCGGUCCCUCUCCCUUGCGGUCACGCUCACCCUCGGCUGGCCCUUGUACCUCGCCUUCAACGUGUCGGGCCGCCCCUACGAUCGGUUCACCUGCCACUACGACCCGUACGGCCCCAUCUACUCGGACCGGGAGAGGCUCCAGAUAUUCGUCUCCGACGCGGGGAUCAUGGCCGCGACGUACGGGCUCUACCGCGUCGCGGCCGCCAAGGGCCUGGCCUGGCUCGUCUGCAUGUACGGCGUCCCGCUGCUCAUCGUGAACGCGUUCCUGGUGACGAUCACGUUCCUGCAGCACACCCACGCGGCGCUCCCGCACUACGACUCGUCGGAGUGGGACUGGCUGAGGGGGGCCCUGGCGACGGUGGACCGGGACUACGGGGUGCUCAACAAGGUCUUCCACAACAUCACCGACACGCACGUCGCGCACCAUCUGUUCUCCACGAUGCCGCACUACCACGCGAUGGAGGCCACCAAGGCGAUCAAGCCGAUCCUGGGGGAGUAUUACCAUUUCGACGGCACGCCGGUGCACAAGGCCAUAUGGAGGGAGGCGAGGGAGUGUCUCUACGUGGAGCCGGACGAAGGCAGCGAGAGCAAGGGCGUCUUCUGGUACAAGAACAAGUUCUGAGACGGGUUGCUCCCUCGUUUCGGGACAUGGGUUGUCAUAAGGAAAAGCAAUAUGUAGCAGCUUCAGUUUGUAAUGUUAUAACAAAGAUUCGCUUGUCCCCGAUGAUGAUAGGCAUGUUUUAGUCUUGGGGUCGAAUUGGAUCUGAUGGUGGGCUUUGUAAUGGAAAGCUUAGUGUGUUAAAAAUGUGUGGCUGGUUUGCUCUAUUUGGAAGAUUCACUA